UUGUUUUGUUCAGUAAAUUUGUACAAAACCUCGAAGCAUAUAAGUUUCAGUCAUAGCGCUGCGCCUUGCUGCGCUUCGUGUUGCUUCUAUUGUUUAUAAACAUGCCGCGGCUGUAACUCAACCGUUGUGGUUAAUACAAUACCGAUCGUUCUCGGCCGCGCUUACUAAACGCUGAUGACGUGAACUCAUUAUGAUUGUUCAUCUCGGUGUCGCAAACCAGAAACGACAAAUUAUCGUUCACCGUCAGUAUAGACAUGACACGGGGGCAAGAAGUUUUCAGGAAUGCGUCGAUGUCGCGCUGGGGACCGGCGGACAAUCCGUUGGACCUGGGCAGAAGCUUGAGGAUGUUUCCAUUUACUACAUUUGCCGCGACAAUAUCUACUAUCUUCUCUGUUCAAAGAGGUCCUCAUGGGGAUACGUUGGCUUCAGAUGUUACAGCUAUUGAAUUUUUAAAUGAAUUGUACGUGUUGAUCAAGAACUUUUGUGGAACCACUACUGAAGGAAGUCUCCGUAAAAAUGCGCUGCUCAUUGAGGAGAUACUGUCCGAGAUAGUUAAUCGCGGCCACAUUUACACCACAGAUUUGUCUUCUCUCCGACCAUGCAUCUACAGCGAACCGGCUGAUACACCGGCUUUAAAAAAGACAGUUUUGACGUCCACUCUCUUGGCACUGGACACAAAAUCAGUUGUGCCAAACACGACAGCUCUCAGACCAGUGUUUGGAUCGAGGCUGGAGCAAAGCCAGAACCAGCAAAAAGCUGAAAUAUUUGUUGACGUUGUUGAAAAGGUCUACGCUUCCAUCUCCAAAGAGGGUAGCAUCAGCAACUUUCUUCUGUGUGGCAGCGUGAACUUAAAAAGCUGCCUCGAGUCCAAAGCAAGCAUCACACUUGGAUUCAAUGAAGAUUUGGUUCUUGCAUCAGGAGCAUCUGAAUCAGAAUCCUACAGCACAGAUGUUGUUCUUUCCCACUACAUUCUUCACGACACGGUAAGGAGCGAAAAGUUUGCAGUGGACCGGACGCUGACUGUUCUGGCUCCUCAGGGAGAGGUACCAGUUCUGAGAUACUGCACCACUAGGCCCAACAAUGGGUACCCGUUUACAAUUGUCACAGCAGUCGAGGAUGUGCCGUGCUCAAGGGACCUGGUUCUCACGGUGAAGCUACGUUGUGAAGGCCAUGUGGGCUCUGAAGCUGUAGGAACUACCCUGGAAAUUGCUCUUCCUUGCAACACAAGCGGGAUCAUGAAGCGUUUCAACGAGCUGGAACAGAGCGCAGAGUUUCAAUAUGAAAACAAGAAAAUCAUCUGGAGGAUAAAAUGCCUCAAAGCCAAGUCAGAAGCAGUAGCCAAAUUCCGACUUGCCAAUGCCAAUGAAGGUGGGUUCGGGAAGCUAGAGCUCGGACCCAUUUCCAUGAAAUUUGAACUUUCGAACCAGUCGACGUCCGGGCUCAAGAUCCGCUUUCUCAAGGCUGACCAACACUCGGGCGGGAACAUUCAGCGCUGGAUACGGUACGUCACGACAUCAGACUGCUGGGUCCAGCGAUUAACGUGACGACAAUAAAUUCAUGAUAAAGUACUGA